AUGCAAGUUUUUGCAGAACCGCGAGCUACUUUUACUAACGAGAAGGUAGCAAUGCCAAUCGUUAAAAUCGAAGAAAAAACAGUCUACGUACCGAUGGGACGUCAUAUUGCGCUAAAUUGUUCUGCGUGGAUUGCUGCAAGAAGCAGUUAUCCCCUUGGACCAGACUUGAUAAUAUGGGUCUUUCACGACAUUGAAGAUGACAGAGAUAUCUUUAUUGAUAUCGAUAACCAGUAA